AUGCGUGUUACAUAAUCUCUCAAGACAAUGAGAUAUGCAGUCAUACUUCUUCUUGGUUUGGCCGCUAUGGCUACAUCAAAAGCACUUUACGAUCCAGUCAAAUCUUAUGUUACUGUUCUUAAUCAAAAGAACUGGGAAGGACAAGUAGCAAAGAACAGAGCAAAGGGCAUCACAAUAGUUCAUUUCUACAAAGACACAGAUGGAGUAUCAAAGAAUGUAGUUGGGCAAUACGAAAACUUUGCAAAGGAGAACAAGGGAAUGUUCAGAAUGGACGCUAUCGAUUGCAAUGACUUCGAAAGCCUCUGCACAAAAGAAAAAGUAGACAAGUACCCAACCUUCAGAAUCUAUCCACCAUUCCCAGCACCUACUUAAGAUUAUGAAGACACUCAGAUCGACUUCGAUAAGCUUAAAAAGCUCGCAUUGAAAUUUGUUACAUCAAGAGUUAUUGAGAUUACUCAAAACAACUUUGAUACUUUCAUCAAUGAGAACCCAGGAAAACCAAAAGUAAUCCUUUUCUCAGAUAAAAAAGGUGUCCCUGCAAUUUACAAAGCUUUAAGCUCUCAUUUUGAUAAGACUCUUCUCUUUGGUUUGAUUAGAGAUAGUGAACAAGGUAUAGUAUCAAAAUACAAGGUAAAGUCAUACCCAGCAGUUUUCUUGAUCAAUAACAAGGAUGCUAAGCCAUAGAAAUAUGAUGGUACUGAUUUCAGCUACUAGGCCAUAUUCGAUUUCAUUAAUAUUUACUCUGAGACUUUUGUCUUCAGAACUGGAAACGAAGAAGUAAAGAGCUCUGCUAGUAAGCCAUGGUUGAAUGAGAAAGUUCCCCAAUUAACAAGUGAUUCAGCUGAUGAUAUCUGUUUAAAGAAAGAGGGAGCUCUCUGUGUUAUUUAUAUUGUCAAGGACAAUGCUUCAAAGGAUAGCACUGCAACAGAUAAAUUAUAUCAAACUGGCCAAUCAUUUGCAAGCAAGAUUAGCAGAGGUAUUAACUUUUAUUUUAUGUGGCUCGAUGCUACUGCAGAGUCAACCUUUGCUUAGAUGUUCGGAGUCGCCGCUGAAGAUCUCCCUAAGGUAGUUAUUCUCAACCCUGGCAAGAGAAAGAGAUACCUAGUCCAUGAAAAGAGUAUUUCAGAAUAAGAUAUUAGUGCAACUCUUGAUAAAAUUCUUGGAGGUGAUGCCAAGUUUACCAAUAUUAAGGGAAAUAACUUAGCUGCUUUAGUGUCCAAAUAUCCAGAGAGUAAAUGA